AUGGCUAUCCUCCGGAAAAGAAAAUCUCGGGAUGAUCAACAGGAAGAGAGUGGCGGUGACCAUGGUGCUUCCAUGCACAAGGAUAAGCGCGCAAAGCGAGCAUCUCGAGGCUCAGAAUCGCCUGAUCUACAGCCUGAAGAAAUGGAUCGGCUCAGCCGCCUUCCGGAGGAAUUACUGGUCAACGUAAUGGCUCGCCUCAGCAAGGCGAGUCUGGGAGGAUCCUCGUUAUCAUACAGCCUGUCUCAGCUUUGCCGUACCUCCCAGAAGCUGGGACGUAUUGCUACUGAACAAUUAUAUACCAAUCUCGUCAUCUGCGUCGAAGAGUGCUCAUCGACCGACAGCAGGUUGACUACUCCUAAUCGCGGCCAUAGGCAUAUCAGAGCCCUCGAGUUCGAGAUGCUUCGGGCUCACGAUUGUCCACAGCAGGAGUAUGUUAGCGCUCUCGCUCUGGUCAAACAGAUGCUUCCACUGCUGGCAGAAAACUCCUUGCGAUCCUUCAUCACCCCGAGAACGCUGCCUUUGGAUAUGCAAUUGAUGCGUGCUCUACAGAAACGACAGAAGAAGUUGCAGCAUCUGCAGAUUGGACCCUUCACUGGACCAUCUUCAACUUCAACAGUCACACACGAAGAGCUGAUGGAGUUGCUUGCGACAGGCUGGCUGACGUCUCUGAGCUCGCUCGUAAUACCUCCGAUGAUGGGCAAUGUUGUCUGUGAGUUGGCAUUUUACGGUCAGAUCAUUCGAAACCUCAACAAGAUCGUUCGUGUCAAGAUAGAGGCAUACGAAACUUUUGACGGCUUUAGCAAUGGAAACCACGGAGAAGGACAGCUGCUCUCGCAAAACCCUCUCCACACACAGCAUAGUAUUUUCCAGCUGCUCUCUCGCCCAUCCGAGGGCUCAGCGAAGGUCUUGCAAAGCCCUGUUCAGGUCGAGUUUCUCAAUCUUACAUCGCAACGACUAAAUUCCGGUGCCAGCCUUUCGCCAUGGAUACCUCGCCUUUUCGAUCUAUUGUCGCUGCAGCAUUUGAGUCUGAUCUCCUGCCGAGGGACUAGUACGAUGCUGCAAUACCUCGCACAGUAUUACACCCACAUGAGAAAGGAGGACGCGAGGAGCCCGUGUCUACGCAGCUUUCGGUACCGCUCGGGGGGCCUCGUGGAUCCAUCCGCUUGGCCUGAAGCGCAAGGAGAGUCAUCUGGAUUGCACACAUUUCUAAGGAGCUUUGCUGGACUCGAAUUCUUAAUUGUGCAAAGCUACCGCCAAUGGGAAUUCGAUUUGUCCUGCCUGCACACCCACCUCGACACUUUGGCCCAUCUCUGCAUCUCUGUGGGCUUCGACUUUGUCGAGCGUACCAACUUCACCACUUUCCUUAGAUGGAUACCGUCCUCAGAGGAGCUCUGGCCUGUACUGCGAAAGGCCAGCAACCUCCAGCAGCUUGCGCUCGCAUUUCCGAGAAUCUAUACCCAUGAGCGGUCGAAUCAGGAAUUCCAGAACUGGCUGGAUGCAAUCGCCGAGCUACCCAAUCUGCGAGUCUUGAGGUUGCUGAACUGGCCGCUCUCGAAACUCCCGUCUGUAACCGAGGACACUAUGACCGAAUACGAGUGGGAGCUUUAUGAACUCGCGGACUUCGUAGUACGCUCAAUCUUCGCAACUUUUUCGGCAAAGCAGAAAAAAUUCCCGCUCAAGCUCUUGAUAAUUGGCAACGAUGAACGAUUGGACAAUCCAGCAGGGGAAUCCGGCUUGCCGCUGCCUGCCCGUCUAGCGAUAAAGGAGGAACCGCGUGACUCCAUCUGCUUCAAAAUCCUCACGAGCACCUGGUCAGACCGACUGCCCAAUGCUGUGCGAAGAACCACUGAGGCAGACAAUGUGGAACCAUUGUUCAACAGGAGGAGUACAGACUGUACAAGACUGAAUUACUACGGGAUGUAUGGUCGCGAUCCGGGCAUCGGGUUUCGCAGCAUUUUGCCGCGGAGUCUGCACAACCUACACCCAAUCUCGAACACAGAACAAACUUACGCUACCAUACCAUUCGGCCCGCAGCACCAGCUCAUGGCUUCUGAACAAGCUUCUUCCGCCGCAUUGUCCUCACGGCAAACAUCAUCAAGCGGAAGAGCCCUAAGACAGACGCUCCAAGGGCUCGAGGCUCCACCCCUGGCGUCGACCAAACGGAGGUCUGGCAGCUCCACCUCCCCGGAACGUACACCUGCCACCUCGCCAAGUCUUGAUGGACUCCCGAACGAAAUAUUGGCUGCCAUAGCAUCUCUCCUUGACGACCAUGACCUGACAAGCCUGUGUCUUACAACAGCGUGGCUUAACCCCAUCGCGACCGAAGUGCUCUACCGACACCUUAACAUCGACCUGGACCUUUUCGAACCUGCAUCAGGCGUCUUGACCGACGGGAAUCGUGGGCACAGGAGCAUCCGCACGCUGGACCUGUGCUUCUUGCAGCAUGACUACGAAUACGGUAAAGAAAGAUGGGAGUACAACCUUGCUCUUGUCAAGAGGAUCCUAUCGUUCCUUCGCCAGGACCAUCUGCUGGACAUUGACCUGCCUUAUGACUUCGCUGUCGACAUCGAACUGGUCUCCAUGUUGCGCUCACAACAAACCAAACUGCAGCAUCUCAGCAUCGGGCCUAUCCUGGGUGCACGCUUGAAGGAUUUGCGAGCCUUAGCGACUCCCGAAAGUUUCCCAGAGCUCGUGUCGCUCGUAGUCCCUCAGAGACUAUCAAGCGAACACGAACUCACGUUCUACGGGCUGCUCAUCCGAAAUCACAAAAAGCUCUCAAAUCUGGAGAUACGGCCAUUCAACGUCUUUCUAGGGUUUGACACUGGUACAUGGAAUCGACCUACAGAGAAACGGGAGAUCAAGACUGACAAAGGAUCCGUCUUCGAGCGCAUAUCACGGCCGUUUGAAAAGCCGAAGGGAGGGUAUCACCCGCCCGUCAAGGUCACUCGUCUCUUGCUCGCAACUGGCACUGAUGAUCAUACGGCAGCGGCCUUGCUCAAGAUUGUAGACUUCCCAUCGCUUGAGCAUCUUAUUGUCACUAAUUGUGGAGACCAAGAUCUCCUUUUGCGAGAGCUCGCGCGGCACUCCAGUACGUCAGAGGGGCUCUCGUUGCGCUCGCUGCGGCAUCGCGGAUGGAGGCAGAUCAAUGGUGUACUCGACUCCUUCCUCAGAACAUUCGCUGGACUCGAAACCCUGUUUCUACGAUACACUAACCAGGGAGCGGACGCUCGUAACUUCGAUUUAAGCGCACUGGAUACCCACCUGCCCACUAUUGAGCACUUGUACAUCUUGAUGGCUUCCGGAUUCCAAUCUCAUACCUGGUGGACAGCGCAGCCUUCGGACCUUCAGCGGAUGUGUCGAGCGGCACAAAACAUCCAACAGCUUGGUCUCACGUUCCCGGAGAUGUAUCUCGGCGAGACCGAUCCUGCCAGGAACGAAAGGCUCCAACAUUUCUUGGAUGCCAUAUUGGAACUACCCAAUCUCCGCCUGUUACGCAUGCUGUCUUGGCCACGCACAACCAUGAAGCUUGAAGGGGGCACUCGAGGUAUGCGCGACGACUACGUCCGUGUUUCGAGAAGGUACGAGAUUGGACUGGAAGCUUUCGCCAAAAACGUAAUGACGAUUCUGGCGGAACAGUAUCGGCAGAAGAAAAAGGCAUUUCCCAUAGAGCUUUUCGUUCUCGGAAUCGACAUCGACCACGACCAACCCUGGGAUGUCAUCGGCGGCAGACUCUUUGGGGGGCGGAAGGAUCCGAUAUGUUUCCGAGUUGAGUCCGAGACUGCUGAUGUGGCUUCCGAUGCAGACUCAGGCUCUGUCGAGUCUUCUUCGAACAAGGGGCCGGUAGUUUGGGAGAUCUCGGGGAAAGAAGCUGGGAGAAUGUAUCCGGCUUACUGUGAAGGAGGAGAAGUGCUCUGGUCACACAGUCUCUGA